AUGAAUGAAAAGAAAAAACUUGAUAUUAUCCGUAACAUGCUAGGAGAACUUCUGGGAAACAAGGAGGAUAAGAAUAAUAAAGGAAAUGAAAAGAAGGAUAAAUUAAAAAAGAAAUAUAUUGAAAAAUCUAAAAAAGUUUUACAUUUUUAUAGAAAUUAUAUGAAUAUUUUAGAUAAAGAGGAAUUAGAUAAAUUUGAAAACUUCUAUAAUAUGGUAUUAAACAAUUCUUUUGAUUAUUCUAAAAAAGAAAAUAUAGAUAUUUAUAUGUAUUGUAAUAUAUAUCCUAUAUUAAAGAGAACAUUUGAAUCGUUUGUUUCUUAUCUUUCUAAUUUAUUAGAACAUAAAGAUGAUGAUAAUUAUAAAAAAAUUAUAAAUAAUUUUGAUCCCAUAUUAUUAUUUUCUCAAUAUAUUAUACGAUUAACUAAUGAUGAUGAUGAUGAUAAUGAUGUUAAUGUUGUUGAUGUUGUUGAUGUUGAUGGAUUUUCCUUAAACGAGAUCGAUAAUAAUAUGAAAAUAUGUAUAAGAAAUACACAUGAGACGGAAACAAAUUAUAUUAAUUAUAAUAUGUAUUCAACAAUAAAAAAAGAAGAACAUUAUUUACAAGAUGGAUAUUAUACGAAUGAUGAAAAAUAUAUAAAAUGCACUACCAUGAAAAAUAAAGACAUUUUAGGAAACAACAAAAUUAAAAAUGAAAUUAAAGACUUUUAUAAUACUUAUGAUAACUUAAUAGAAGAAAAUAAAUUAAAAGAACAACAGAAAAGAAAAGAAAUUAGGAAAAAUAUUUAUGAAAAAAAAAACAUUUUAACUCACGAUGAAAUUUCUUUAUACGAAAAUUAUUAUGAAGAAAAUAUUAAAAUAAAAACAUCUAUUCGUUAUAGGAAAAAAACAAAUUUAAAUUCGACAUCAUAUAUUGAUAUAAACAAUUCUAAUAAAUGGUCAAACCAUUUUCCAAAUACUUUUAAUAUAUCAUUAGAUUUGAAAGAAUCCAUAGAAUCCGUUAUAUGUCAAGACGGUAUAAUAAAUACAGAAAAUAAAAUACAUAUAAAAAGUUCUGAUAAUAUAGAAAUGAAGGAAUUAAAAAAUAAUAAUGAUAAUAUAGGUUGUAAAAAAUUUACAAAUAAUUCUUAUAUAAAAAAGGAAGAUGAUGUUAAUGUAGAAGAAUAUAAAAAUAAUGAAAAAGAAGAUAAUUUUGAUAAUAUUAUUAAACUAAUAGAAAGUCAAGAAAACUCCUAUAUUGAAAAACGAAUUUAUUUAUUAUUAAAUAAAUGGGUUAAAGAAGAAAAUGGUAGGAAAUUUAUUUUACAUAAUAAAUCAAAAAUCGAACCUUUAUUUAAUGAAUAUAAGAAAAAAAAUUAUAUUGUUACUGAUAGGGAUAUAAUACCAUUAUUAUUUUUUAUAGAUAAAAAAUUACAUUUAAAUUAUUCUUUAGUACAUCCAUAUAAUUAUAAUUAUUUUUAUUAUAUUUUUCAUUUAAAUUCUUCUUUUUAUUGUGCUGAUACUAAUAGUAUUACAUUUGAAGAAUUUUGGAAUUUCCUAGUUUCCAAUUUACCUUUAAAUAAUUAUUUAUAUAAAGAAGAUAUUUUAAUAGGUCUAGAAAAAUAUGAAAAAAAAAAACAACUUCAUAAGAAUUACCUUUUUACUGUAACGUUUAUUAAAAAUUUUCUGCUUUUCAUUUUGAUAGAUAUAUUUUUCAUGUUAUCAUAUAUAAUUAAAACACAUUAUUAUAAGUGCAUCUUCGAUUAUAUAUAUUUAGAAAAAAAUAUACAUGAUGUAGAAAAAACAGACCACUAUGUCAAGGAAGAUAUGAAAGAGACAUAUAAAGAUGAAGAAAUAAAAACAAAAAAUAAAAAUAAUAAUAAUAAUAAUAAUAAUAAUGAUAAUAGUAACAAUAAUGAUAAUAAUAAUGAUAAUAAUAAUAAUAAUAAUAAUAGUAACAAUAAUGAUAAUAGUAACAAUAGUAACAAUAAUGAUAAUUUUUUCCUUUAUAUUACUACUUCUUUUUCUUCUUUUCUUUCCUCAUCUUCUUCAGCUUCAUUUACAUCUGAUAUCUCUUCUACCACAACAUUAACAUAUAAAGCUGUAGAAAAUAACGGAGAUGUUAAAAAUAACGAGCAUAUAAUAAAAGAAUCUAUUCAAGAAAAACAAGAUAAUAAUGAUGCUAUAUUUCAUCAUCAUCAAGUUUUUCAAAAAGAUACAGAAUGUGCAUGUGAUGAAAAUGGUAUAUGGAAUAAUACAGAAAGUAAAAUAUUAAAUACAAACUGUCAAUGUGAAAAAAAUGAAAAUAAUAUAAAAGAUAUUAAAAAAAAAGAUAAUAUAAAUGAAAGUAACAUAAAAGAAGAUAAGAAGGAGGAAUAUUUUUUAUCAAAUCAAUUAAACACAUUUAUUAAUUUUUUAUUGCUCCUUUGGGGUAUUAAUAUAUCCUUUGAUCAUAUAAAUCAUGAAGAAUUUUUAAUUACAGAAGAUCUAUCAACCGAUACGGAUGAUAAUUUUAUAAAUGUAGAUACAAAUUAUUCAACAAAUAAGUUUACUACUACUACUACUACUAAUUAUAAUAAUAGUAAUAAUUAUAAAGAUGAUGAUGAAAAAUUAAAAUGCAUUAACCAAACAAAUAAAAAUGUAAAAUGUAAAAAAGAGGAUAUUAGAAAUAAUUAUAGUCCAUAUGAUACAAAUGAUGAGGAUAAAGAAGAAAAAAUAACAAACACAUGGAAAAUGAAGACACAAAAUUUAUACAAGAAAAAUUAUCAAAGUGAAAGUAAUAUGAAUAUAUCAAUAAAAAAAUAUAGAAAAAAUACCCAAAAAAAAAACAAAAAUGAGGAAAGAACAAAAAGUUUGAUAAUAAUAAAUAGAAAAGGGAAUAAUGAGAAAAAAAAAAAUAAAAAUAAAAUAAAUAAUAAUAAUUAUAAUAAAAUAAAUAAAAAUUUACUAUAUCAUAAUACUGAUCAACAAAAUAUAAACACAUUUGAUGAUAAUCAAAAUUAUGUAAAGAAUCAAGAAUAUUUAAAUGAUGAAAACGGUAUACAUGAUUAUAAAGCGUAUUAUGAAUUUAAAGAAAUGUACCAACAGAAAAAUUAUGAACAUAUUAUCAACAAUUUUAUACAUUCAAUUGUGAAACAAUUAAAACCUUAUAAAAAAAAUUAUUAUAAUAAGAUUAUUAAAAUAAUAAAAAAUAAUAAACUACAAAAUGUAUUUAUAAAUAUAUUUAGAAAACAAACAAGUUAUUUACAAAACAAAAAUGUUCAAACAUAUAAAAAAUUAGAAGAAUUACCUAAAUGUGACGAAAAUAAAAUAAAAAAUAAUAUAAACGAAAAUUCUGUAAACAAUAAUUACAACAAUGAUAAUAUGGCACACAUCAAUAAUUAUAAUGACAACAACAUAAAUAAUUAUCUACAAGACCAAAAAAUAAAAAGAAGUAGAAAUUCAUCAUGUAAUAAACAAACUCAUAUGAACUGUGUACAGGAAAAUUAUAUGACACAAAAUUCUUCUUUUGAUAUUUUAUCAACAGAAAAGUCUAUAUCAUAUAUUAUAUAUUUUACAGAAACGUAUAUUAAGAAAAAAACAAAAAAAAAAGUACAAGAUAAAAAAAUAUCAUCUAUAAACAUUUUAAAGAAUGAACAAAAAAAAAAUACUUUUAUCGAUAGUAUAUUAACAUUAUGUAAUUUCAAAUUAUAUAAAAAAAAAUUUCUUAAUAAAUUUAAUUCUGAGAAUAUUUAUAUUUUGCUCUUUUUUGUUUAUUAUGUAAAUAAACAAAUAGAUGACUUGUUGACUUAUAAUAUCUUACCGAAAAAAAAAAAAAAAAAAAAUUAA